CGACUUUCAAGCAUAACACUUCCUCAAUUUCUUCAUAGAACCACCACAGAACUUGGACGGCCCGCUCCCUCGUACCGACCGUUUACAUCCAUCGGGCCUCGCGAGCCGGAAACGGAGGGGUUUGGCUAAGCAAUUGGCUGCUACGUAUCUAUAAGGGAUGGCUGUCAACAGGAUAAGAGGCGCAUUUGCGCCACCGCGCAAGGGAGAAACAUUCGAGUUGCGGGCCGGUCUGGUUUCCCAAUAUGCCUACGAACGGAAAGAAGCCAUCCAGAAGACCAUCAUGUCAAUGACCCUAGGCAAGGACGUAUCCGCGCUGUUUCCCGACGUAUUGAAGAACAUUGCAACUGCAGACUUGGACCAGAAGAAGCUGGUGUAUCUAUACUUGAUGAACUACGCCAAGUCACACCCCGACCUCUGUAUUCUCGCCGUGAACACGUUUGUGCAAGACUCGGAAGACCCGAACCCCCUCAUACGAGCAUUAGCAAUUCGGACAAUGGGCUGUAUUCGCGUGGAUAAAAUGGUGGAUUACAUGGAGGAACCUUUGCGCAAAACGCUGAGAGACGAAUCGCCAUACGUACGGAAGACAGCAGCCUUGUGUGUGGCGAAGCUAUUUGAUCUCGCGCCCGCCAUGUGCGUAGAGAACGGCUUCCUCGAGCAGCUCCAGGAACUAGUCGGCGACCCAAAUCCCAUGGUGGUCGCAAAUUCGGUCACAGCCUUGGUAGAAAUCCACGAAACCGCACCGGAAACCAAGGCUCUUGUCAUUAGCUCGUCGCAGCUCAAGAAAAUGCUUCUGGCGCUGAACGAGUGCACAGAGUGGGGUCGCGUGACUUUGCUCACUACUCUGGCAGACUACAAGGCGGCGGAUACCAAGGAGGCAGAGCACAUUUGCGAACGGGUAGUCCCGCAGUUCCAGCACGUUAACCCCAGCGUGGUAUUGGCGGCUGUCAAGGUCGUUUUCUUGCAUAUGCGCAACAUUUCCCCUGAGAUGAUGAAGUCAUAUUCGAAGAAGAUGGCACCACCGCUAGUCACACUGGUUUCCUCUGCGCCAGAAGUACAGUACGUUGCGCUACGGAACAUCGACCUGCUUCUCCAAAAACAACCCGACAUUCUCAGCAAGGAAAUGCGUGUGUUCUUCUGCAAAUACAACGAUCCGCCGUACUUGAAGAUGCAAAAGCUGGAAAUUAUGGUGCGGAUAGCAAACGAUAAGAACGUUGACCAAUUGCUGUCCGAGUUGAAGGAGUAUGCUAUGGAAGUGGACAUGGACUUUGUACGACGAGCGGUCAAGGCCAUUGGUCAAGUUGCCAUCAAGAUUGAAAGCGCGAGCGAAAAGUGUGUCAACACGCUACUUGAUCUCAUCAACACCAAAGUCAACUACGUUGUCCAGGAGGCGAUUGUAGUCAUUAAGGACAUUUUCCGAAAGUACCCCGGCUACGAGGGUAUAAUACCGACACUUUGCCAAUGCAUAGACGAGCUGGAUGAGCCAAAUGCAAGGGCCUCUCUCAUCUGGAUUGUGGGAGAAUAUGCAGAGAAGAUCAGCAAUGCCGGCGAGAUCUUGUCAAAUUUUGUUGACACGUUUGCCGAGGAAUUCACGCAAACACAACUUCAAAUACUCACAGCUGUUGUCAAGCUGUUCCUGAAGAAGCCAGAUCAAGCACAAGGCUUGGUUACCAAGGUCCUGCAGGCCGCCACAGCAGAUAAUGACAACCCGGACAUUCGUGACCGAGCUUAUGUCUACUGGCGACUCCUCUCUAGCGACCCACAGAUAACAAAGGACAUUGUGCUCUCGGACAAGCCUCCGAUUACAUCGACAAUACGGUCACUGCCCCCUCAACUACUGGAGAACUUGCUUACAGAACUAUCGACUUUGGCCUCGGUUUACCACAAGCCACCGGAGGCCUUCCUUGGACAAGGCCGGUUCGGUGCGGAAGCGAUGCAACGAGCUGCCAUCGAGGAGCAACAAGAAGAAGCACGAGAGAACCCCAUUGCUGCUGCAGCGGCUGCAGCGGCUGCCAGUGGACAAGCGCCAACCAACGUGGAGAAUCUCUUGGAUAUCGAUUUCGAUGGUUCUGCACCGGCUUCGAUGCAAAAGCAGCCCACACAGGGCGCGUCUGGCCUAGAAGGACUUGCCGGCACACCACAGCGUGUGGCAUCCCCAGUAGGAAAUGCGGCUCCACAGCAAUCAAACAUGGACGAUCUCCUAGGGUUGUUUGGAGACGGAGGCGGGGCGGCGCCUGCUCCUGGGGCGCAGAUGAGCAACGACGACAUUAUGAAUGGAUUCGCAAACAUGAGCAUGCAAACCAAUCAGCCACCUCCGGCGACUCAACAAGUAGCAGGCGAAGCGAGCAAGAAGAGUAACCAGGAUCUUCUUGACUUGUUUUAGUGGGGCAACGGCGAUGAAUGGGUAUGUGGGUUUGCGCAUGGUACUAGGUUAGUGGGGAGGUUAUGUCCAAGCAGGAGCAUGCAAAGGCGCUAGGGAACUAUAUCCGGGUAUGGAAAUGUGUGUGUGUAGUGGGAGGAGUAGAUGGAGGGAGAGUAAAGUAAAGUGGGAAUGGUAGUCGAGACCAAACCAAAACCAAGAAGAAG